GGCACAUGUGCAGUGAAAGAUACGUAAAUACGGUGCAGAAAAACCGUGUUUUCUCUCAUUUUGUGAAAGAAAAAUUAUUUAAACAGUGCUGUUAUAUGUAGUUUUACCCUGAGGUCUUAUAAAUUAGUUUAUAAUGGGGCGAAUAAAGCGUAGUCAUAACAAGAGAGGGAGGACAGUUGUUGACGAUUCGGACGUCCGAAAAGCGCACAACAUUCUGUGUGUCGAGUUGGACCUGCCUGUAUCUGCUGCUCCCUCUAAUGGAGGAAACAUCAACCAGAAAGAUGAUGCGAUGCAUAGCAACCCACUGGUUCUGCCGUCAAAGAAGAAAACCUCAGAGAAUACUAAACAGACUCAGCAGAACUUGCCGAAACAACUGAGUAAAAAACAGCGGAAGAGACUGCAGAAGGUUGUAGAGAGAAAGGACAAAAGUUUGAAGAGAGCCGAUAUCUUUGCCUCAUUGGUCAAGCAUCAGGUGUCGAAAGAGGAGCUCUCCAUGUUUUCAUCUGCAGCGCAUCUUGGGCAGAAAGUCUCCAAAAGGCAAACUUUAGAGAAGAAAGAAGAAGGGGUGACUAUCAACAGCAUCAGAGGCAUCAACAAACGGCAGAGUUUAAAAACAGAGGAGCAAAAAGAAAGUGAGACAGACUCCAGCGAUGAAGAGUCAAGUGACGACGACGAGGAGGAUGAAGAAAAUGAAGGCGAAGGCAAACCAGAAGAUAAAAGCCAAGAUGUGUCGGAAGAGAAAUCAAGAACUGAAACCAUGGCAAUAGAUGAUGUAAGGGAUGAAGAGGUCACUGUGGGGUCAAAGUGUGCAGAAGAGAGCGGAAAGAAGGAAGGUGAUACCACUGAGAAGAGUUCAGACAGCGGUAAGGCGGCGGUGAUAAAAACGCCACAAGAGAGGAAACCAGCUGUGUUUGUACAUGUUGAUAGAAAAGAAGCGGUUCAGGAAGCUAGGCUCGCCCUACCUAUCCUCGCUGAAGAGCAAGUGGUAAUGGAAGCGAUCAGCGACAACCAGGUGGUCAUUCUGUGUGGUGAAACGGGAAGUGGAAAGACAACCCAAGUUCCACAGUUCUUAUACGAGGCAGGCUACGCUGAGGAGGGUCUAAUAGGAAUAACGGAGCCAAGGAGAGUGGCCGCAGUAACGAUGUCUGAACGGGUUGCCAUGGAAAUGAACCUUUCAAAAAGAGUUGUGUCCUACAUGAUCCGUUACCAAGGAAACGUAACCGAAGACACCAAGCUCAAGUUCAUGACCGACGGUGUGCUGCUGAAAGAAAUCCAGAGGGAUUUCCUGUUAACAAAGUAUUCAGUGAUUAUCAUUGACGAGGCCCACGAACGUAGUGUGUACACGGACAUCCUGAUCGGACUGCUGUCAAGAAUAGUACCACUGAGGAACAAGAAAGGUCAGAAGAUGAAACUGGUCAUCAUGUCGGCCACUCUGAGAGUAGAAGACUUCACUGAGAACCAGCGACUCUUCAAAAUCAAGCCACCCGUCAUCAAGGUGGAGUCGAGACAGUUUCCAGUGACCGUCCACUUCAACAAGAGGACACCCAUAGAUAACUACAUGGAGGAAGCUGAGAAAAAGGUACUGAAGAUUCAUCGGACGUUACCUCCCGGUGGGAUCUUAGUCUUUGUGACAGGUCAGAAUGAGGUCAGCUCAUUGUGUAGUAAACUACGCUCCAGGUACAACAAGAACAAAGGUAGAAAACCUACAUUGAAGAGGAAACCAUCUGAAGGUGGUUCCAACGAGGAGGAACAGAUUAAGGAGGAUGAAGACUCAAUAAAGGCCUUCAAGAAAAUGAAACUUCCAAAGAUCAGUCUAGACAAUUAUUCUGUAAAGCCGUAUGAAGAAGAGGAAGUGGAUGAAACCAAGGACGACGAAGAUGACCAAUCAGACGAUGGCUUUCAGGUUAAUGAAGCUGAUGAAGAUGAGGACAAUAUGCCACAAGAAGAGAGUGAAGAUGAGGUACCCCUUCAUGUCCUACCCAUGUACUCGCUCCUGGCACCCCAUCAGCAGGCUAAGGUCUUCCAACCUCCCCCAGAGAACACUCGGCUCUGCGUGGUGGCAACCAAUGUAGCGGAGACGUCUCUCACGAUACCUGGAAUUAAAUAUCUGGUCGAUACAGGCAGGGUCAAGAAGCGGUACUACGACAAGGUCACCGGUGUGUCAUCAUUCAAAAUCACGUGGACAUCUCAAGCUUCAGCCAAUCAGAGGGCCGGACGAGCAGGACGUACAGAGCCCGGACACUGCUACAGACUGUAUUCUUCAGCCGUGUUUGCCAGCGACUUUGAGAAGUUUGACCCUGCAGAGAUUACUAGGAGACCAGUGGAGGAUCUAACGUUACAAAUGAAGGAUAUGGGAAUCGACAAGGUUGUCAACUUUCCUUUUCCGACACCCCCAGAAGGGAAGGCGUUAAAGGCAGCAGAGAGACUUCUCAUAUCCCUGGGUGCACUGGAAGUGCCACCCAAAGUGUCUGGCUUCAAAACAUCAAAGGAAGAAUCCUUUGGCACCAGAAUCACCCCACUUGGUAAAACCAUGGCCUGUUUCCCUGUGUCCCCAUGCUAUGCUAGAAUGAUAACCAAUGGCCAACGGAGAGGCUGUCUACCAUAUAUCAUAGCGUUGGUGUCUGCGCUUACCGUCAGGGAGAUUUUUGAAGUUGGUAACCAGCGGACUGACUCAGCUGAAGAGAAGGAAGAACAGAAGAAACGCAGGGCAAGAGUUGCUCACAACAAACGGAUUUGGGCUGGAGAGGGUAACUCCCUACUCCUUGGUGACUUGAUGGUCUUACUGGGAGCUGUAGGUGCGACUGAAUUCUCGGGGUGCACGCCAUCAUUCUGUGCUGCUCACGGUCUCCGCUACAAGGCCAUGACUGAGAUCAGACGGUUACGGAGACAGCUGACAAACGCUGUGAACUCAGUGCAAACAGACCAUGAGACAGUUCUGGAUCCAAAGAUGAGCCCACCAAAUGCAACACAGGUCCAAAUCUUGAGGCAAGUUGUCCUGUCUGGACUUCCGCAUCAUAUUGCUAGGAAAAUGCCACAGACCGAGGAGCAGAAAGAGAAAGGCGCCUAUCAAAGCAUGGGCAUAGAGGGCGCUGUUUUCAUCCAUCCUGACUCUGUGCUCGCCAAGAAGCAACCGCAGUUUGUCGUGUACCAGGAAGUAAUAGAGACCUCCAGACCCUUCAUGAGAGGUGUGACAGCGAUUGAACCAGAAUGGCUACCGGUCAUCCUUCCUCAACUCUGCACCUUCUCCAAACCUCUUGAGAAACCUGCUCCUACGUACGAGGAAGAGACGGGAACCGUUCACUGCCACAUGACCAGCACAUUUGGUCGCAAUGCAUGGAUGUUACCUGCUGUGGAGUUGGAGUAUCCUAAGAGUCUGGAGAGAUUCAAAUGGUUCGCCAGGUUUUUACUUGAGGGAAAGGUUAUACAUGCUUUGCAGAACUAUACAUCAUUCCUGCUGUCACCACCUAGCACCAUGAUCAAGACAUGGGCCAAGUUACAACCUCGCACUGAGAUCUUACUUAAAGCAUUAAUGGCCGAGAAUGUAGACUGCAGAGAGAGCCUACUCAAGGCAUGGCAGCUGAAUGACAAAUAUCUGUUGAAUGCAUACAGUGAAUGGCUACAUCAUGAUAAACAGGGAGAUGUAAUGAUGGCAUGGCCUCCCACGGCACAUCUUUAAGCAGAGAGAAAAACAGUCGCAAACAAGAUACCAAAUAUAGUAGACCUUUACUAUAUCGUAUUUCCACCAUGUGGUAUUUCCACCAAGUUUCAAAUCCUACUUAAAGGCCCUUUACACUAUUGGUAAGAUCGAAAAACACAAGUGCUCACUGAUUCACACAUAACUUACAUGAUUUAAAGUAGUUAAUUGUAGAAAGGGUUCCUUUAAAUAUUUCUGCCUAAAAUGCUAGUUUCAAAUCCUACUUUAAAAUGCUAUCGUUUGACCAAUUAAUCUCAAACUUCCACAGGUUUGUUUGUUCAUGCAUAUAUGGUUGAUCACCAAAACAUGGACACUGUGCUGUGAUUAUUUUGUUAGCUCUACCAAUCCUGUAUAAUACGUUUCAGAUACAAAAUUGUUCUUAAAACCCUGGCUAUGUACUGGCGGCAGAUUGGUUAAGCAUAAGUUGUCUAAUUGCUAAGAAACAUUAGCAGAAUUCCAAUAUUGAUGCUAUUGCUUACUGCAAUCCCAGUAGUGAAAGCAUGCCAGCCAUUGUUGUAAGCAUGGUCCAAUUAAUUCAUCCAAUUUAUAAGCACAACAAAUUUCAAUACAAACUUUCGCAAUUUGUUACCGUAGUAUAACAAACAUGUUUGUCGGCCCUCCAAAAACAAGGAUUUUAUGGACUUGAAUACAGGACUCGAUCCCGAUCCCUAACUACAGAGCAAGCUAAGUGGUCUAAUGGUAAAGACAUCUGCUCUUAAAUGGCAAAGGUUGUAGGUGUGAGUCUCACCCGAGCAGAUUUUUUCAAGUACAGUGCCUUCCCAUUGGUAAGAUGAGGAAGCAGUUAAACAGGCUCACACAUGCAAACACACACAGGUAUGUUUAUGGUGAAGACCGAGCACUUCUCUUUGUUCUCCCAUUGUUUGGACAUAUUGGUUUAUUUUUCAGACGUCCCCAUUGGUUUUGUACACAAAAUCUACCGAGGAUUGUCCCAGGUGUGACUUUUUCCCGGAACCCUUUUGUUAAAGUCCUCGGUUUAAUAGUACACAUGACCACAAACAGGAAAACUAUUUUGAUUGGUUUUGAAAUACAUUUUUGAACAAUCCUAACUGGAAGUACCAUGGUGUCUUGUUUUUGAUGUAAAUGAAUUUUAUAAAGAAUCAAUCAUUACAAACUGAUUUAUUUUUUUAAAUCUGUAGUCAAUUAUGAAAUAAAUCUGGUCUAAGAUCCAUGUA